AUUGGCUCGUUGAUGCUUCUUCCAUCAAACAUUAUUAACAUUGUGUGAGAGUGAGUGCGCACCUAACUAGCAACUCCCUUUAUAAAAAUAGACCACAGCUCUCAUUAAGUGGAAGAGCAAGAGGAGAAGCCUCUGAAACAACCCCCUCCCUUGGAUAAAAUCGAUGUCAGAAAGGAUCCUCUCUAAAAAAGAAAGCGGGAGUGUGAAAAUCACUGGUAGAUGGGCGGGUUUCUCAGCAAGAAGAAGGGUAAUUUAAGUGAGAAAAAUGCUGGUGGGUUGAGAGAAAAGGUGGGGAGUAUUCAAGAGGAGAUGAGUGAGAUGGUGUGUGAGAGGAAGAAGGAGAGUGCAGCAUAUGAGAGGGACAUGAUGGUGUUUGCAUUCAAGGAGGCUGAGUGGAAGCAAGAGAAGAAGAAGAUGAGGGAGGAAGUGAAGAUGCUGAGGAAGGUGGUGGAGGAGAAGGAGGAGAGGAUUAGGGGAAUGGAGGACUGUGGUGGUGGGGUUAUGGUGGUCGGAGGUGGGAAUAAUAAUAAGAGUAGUGGUGGCGGCGGCAGUGGUGGUGAUGGUCGUGGAGUUGGUGGUGGGGAGAAUAAUGGUAAAGAGUGGGAAGUGUUCUUGGAGAGUGGUUUCUUGGCUGAGCAAAUGAAGGAGGAGAGAGCAAGGAGGGAUGAGACUGUGGAGAAGUGGAAGCAGCUUUAUCUGGCUAUUAAGGUGGAGCUUGAUGAUCUCAUUCAGAGGACACAUUCUGGAAAUGGGCUGUAUUGGAAGGCAGAGGAAGAAGACUGUGUGGAAGAGCUAAAGAGAGAGCUCAAAGCCAAGGAAGAAAUGAUUGCCUCUCUAAAAUCCAAAAUAGCUUCAAUGGAGCAUGGCCAUUUUAAGAAGGAAAGAGAGAUUGACAUAUUAAGGCAGAGCUUGCGAAUCAUGAGCUGCAAGAAGACACUGCAGGCCCCUAAGAAUGUUUCUAGAGAUUCACAGCUUGUGAAACCGAAAAAGAAACAGGCCAGAAAAUUGUAAUUAUUAUAAUUAGAAGUAAACUAAAGUUUAGUGAUCACUGAUGUUUAUGAAUAUGAUGGCCAAAGUAUGAAGUGCAAUGGAACAAAAUUAUAAUUUAUGAAUAAUUUGGUACUACUA